AUGGGACGAAAAAUCGAUAUAAAAAAGAUAGAUGACGUAACAAAAUGUCAAGUAACAUUUUCGAAGCGCCGAAGCAGUGUGAUGAAAAAGGCUAAUGAAAUUGCCGUUUCUUGCGGUGUCGAUGUUGCGUUUAUUGCGUUUUCGCCCUCCGGUCGUGUUAGCAAGUUCAGCAACCAAACAAGGAUUGAAGAUGUUAUCGAACGUUAUGCCAAUCUUCCGAAUCUUGAGCUUCAAAUUAAAAAGAGGGAGCUGGAGUUGCAAAUUCUAGAAACCGGUCUCAGGAGGGAUUAUGAACCCGGUCCAGAACAAGAGCCUUCUUUGCAUCAAUUGUGUUGUGCUAGCGUUCGCGAGAGCAUACUUCAAGAUUUAGUCGAUGGAGCAAAAUAUGCAGCGAAUGAGAAUUUAGCGAUACCGAAUAUACCCAAUUUUUCAAUCUCGUCAAAUUUAUGCGACUUCGCAUCACUCCAGAAUCCAUUAGAGGUAACUUCCUCAGGUGUAACUCACAUGUCUAACCAAAGUUUAUGCAACAUCGAGAACCCAAGGUUCGCUUCUGCAAUGAGUGUCACAACGAAGGCUAGCAGCAUGAAUGAUACUAGCAUGCUAUAUACAAAUUCAAACUCGAGCCAAUUGAAAAAUACGGAGGGACGAGAAAUCGGCAAAAUUAACAUGGAUUCUAUAUCUAUCGACACAAGUGAUGAAUCACAAGCUCCACGUCAUCACAAGGAAAAUUUUCAAGACACAUUAUUUGAUGAUAUUCUUAAAGAGGUAAAUUUAAGUAGUUUCUUGUAG